AUGUCAUUGCAGGGGCCCGCACUUGACGUAAGCGCGCCACAAGGCGCUGACUGCACUUCUCGUUCCUCUUACUGUGUAGCCGCCAGUUCAGAAAAGCACCUGGGGAAGAAGUACGCGGCUAUAUUUGCUCAACCAUCAGCUCCGGAGACGGAUGAAAUGGCUAAUGCUCGCAACUUCCGCGCGCGACGUCGAUCCUACAUUAAAGAACUCGAGCAACGUGUCAGGAAGCUCGAAACCGACGGAAUUUCCGCAACAAAGGAGAUUCAAAUUGCGGCCCAGCACGUCCACUGUGAGAAUUGCCUUCUGAAAUGGCUGCUGGAAACUCAGUUUGGGGUCAGCAGAUACCACAUCGACAAAUACCUCCAAGAAACUGCCUGUCAUCCAGAUGCGUGCACACCGAGGUUUUCACGACAGACGCACGUCGAGUAUAUAUGGCUAGGUGCUAAUGCUCUAUUACCGAGCCUCGAACCCGAUGCUGAAACCACAGAUGUCGUUGCGACGACAAGUGAAUGCGAUCCUGUUGCUGCAAGGUCCGCGCAUGCAAGCGAAGAGAAUGCGCCCGAACCUCGAAUGCUCCCACAAUCUAUCGAAUUGCCAUCUGAGUCUGUUGUCAGCACGAUAGAGUUGGAGCAUGUCGAGCCAUACCCUCUUCUACUCCACCGAAGAUCUGCGAGUGCGCCUGGAAACGUAUCACCCAAGGAUGAUACGGCCCAUGGUAGCAGACCUGGAGCCCAACUCUGUGUUCCUUCAUCCGCUAGUCACCUGAUCCCGAGUUGCUGUGCUGUAUUGGAUGAAGGUGCUGGCCCAUGUGUCGGUGAGACGUCGUGCGAAGAAGCUGCGAACAUUCUGGCAAAUUUACGAGGUCAAGAUGCUCCCGAAGAUGUUUGGCACGAGCUAGGCUGUGGCGAAAGGCGUUCCUGCAGAGUUAUGAAUCUCUCGAUAUUUGAACUCAUGGAUAAGGAACGAUCUCGAUCUCCAGCUCUCUAG